AUGUCCCUGGCGGGCAUGCUCGAUCCCACGAAAGUGGGCAAAUAUCCGGUCGUCCUCAGCGACGCUUUACUUGGCAGAGACCCCAAAGAGACGUACACGGGCAUCCGGUACAACCACAAGCCUUCCUCUUCGACGCCUGCCAAGGCUCGAUUAAAGCCCGACGGCGUGAGCGACGACGGCUACGAUCUCACAUUUCGCGACAGCGGCGGCCAGUACGCAUACUCCGGCACCCGCAGCAUCGACGACAACAAGUAUGUGCUCGUCUUCGAUCCUACGCGCGAGGUCUUUGUCCUGCACAAGAUCGACUCGACAUUUUCAAUGAACAUCACGCAGACACCCAACAACAACGAUCCCGACAGCUUGCGGAGGAAACAUCCGCACCUGGAAGGCUCGAGCACCAAGGGUGGGCAAAACAAUGCGCGAAAUCAAAAGGGCGCCGCGGCGACGGCCAAAUCACGAGCCUCCGGAGGCAAAGAAGACAAGAAAGGCCGAGACUUGCCGUUCCCGCCAAAGAAGACGAAGCCCGCGCCGCAAACACAGACGACCCAGUCAUCGUCGUCCUCGUCCAAGCAGCACCGCGCCGCGACGCCAGACUCGGAUGACGACAGCUCUGACGAUGGACUGCUGCAGAUCGAGGAGCCCGGUGGUCCCAACGCGCCCCCGGCGUCGGCGCGCGACUUUUCCCCUGCGUUUGGAGUACGGCGGUUCUCCGACUUUGUGCAGCAAAACACAGAGGAGGAGGACGACGCGGACGGCGAGGACGACGACGACAAUCAGAGCAUUGAGCAUUUCACUCUGCCUAGCCCGGUCAACAGGCAAAUGGAGGAGAGUGCGGGCCUCACGUCGCAUCGCGACGCGCCGUCCCGCAGCACACACUCGUUUCAUGCUCAAGCGCAAGAGGACGAGGAGGAGAGCGACGAGGACGCAGACGCCGAAAUGGAGGAUGUGCAGCAGCCCGCAGCCGACCAUGACAUGGACGAGCCGGCAGAUGAGGACCUGGAAGCUGAGCUGAUGGCGGCCUUUGAAGAGGAACAGCAGGACCAGCCUGAAAGCGAUGUGAGCGAGGAGGAGUGA